AUGACUCGCCUCGUCUCCUUUCACAGCCCUGAUCCACCUGCCCAAGCCAUCCAAGCCUUCUUCGUCCGAUACCCAAAUCCAUUUGCCAGACAUGUUCUUUCGGUCGAUGUACUAGAUCGGUGGAUAGACCUGGAGACCGGUCGACUCCACACCAAACGGUUGAUCUUGAAGCGAGGGAUCCUGCCGAAAUGGGCAGCGAGAUGGUUACCCGUAUCGAGCUCAAGCGGAGGCAGGGGAUUAGACGCUUGGGUCAUGGAGGACAGUGUGGUCGAUCCGCCUGGAUGGGGAGAAUGGUGGAGUCCUCCGAAGGAUAAAGCUGGACAACUUGUCAAGGGGAAAGAAAGGGAAGAUUGGGACGUGUACAGAUGGUUACCUAGAUUGAAAUUAGUCCAGGGAAAUCUGAAUCACAGGAAAUUCAUGCACGUCUUGGAGGGGGGAGAGCUCAGAGGACAGUCGGAUGGACACACUAGCCACAUCACUACCGUGGAGAUCCGAUCCGAUUUCGGAGGAUCUUGGUCAAAACUUAUCCGAGAUAGGAUAGAGGCUCAAGGUGCGGGUCGGUUUCUUAAAAACACUGAGCGUGCCCGUCAAGGCAUGAUCCUCAUCCUCGAUGCUAUGCGCAAUCGUCAGCCCUUACCAGCAGAUACGAUGGAGUUUUAUCCUCCGCCGGCACCAUCUUUCGGUGAUCAUUGGCCAUCUCCAACGGACCAGAAUCGGAAAGAUUCAGCUACUAGUCCGUCAGAAGAGUCUCAGGGGAGCUAUUGGAACAGAUGGCGACGGAAAGAGGAACACGAUCAUGAUCAUGACGAUCAAGAUGAUGAUGAUUGA